GCCUCGCGGGGAGGGCACCCCGAGGCACCAGAGCCUGCCCGCCUUGCCGGCUUGUUCGGGCGCAAUCCCAUCCCAAACGUUCCUCGGGUCUAUUGUGUGCCUGGCCGAGCGCCAGGCUGGGAAGGGACCCACAUCACGAGUGGGCGAUGUGAGCUUGUGCUCCGGGCGCUGGGGAGACCGGAAGGCUUCCUGGAGGCGGUGGCUUUCUGCAGAGCCCUAGAAGGCACAUUAAUUCAUUCAGUGAAGGGAGUAUUUAUUGGCGCCUACUGUGUGCCAGGCCUUCGGGGCUGUACGUCCUAGUGCCUACGAUUUGUGCCAAAAUGUCUAGGGGCCCCCUUUCCAAGCGUGCGCCCAUUCAACAGAGGGAUGCCAGGCACACCCGGCGGAGAAGCCAGAGGGCCCGCGGAUGCGCCCGCCCGCUUCCGCACACAGCAGGGGCAGCGUCCGGACACACCUCCCUGCGCCCCCCGGCCGACCGCGGCGCGGGACUACAUCUCCCAGCAUGCCCCUGCGGCCCCGAGCCAGGCGAGGCUCGGUGAGUCAGAGCCGCACAGUAAAUAUUUGUAUUAGCCGGAGCCGGCUCGCUAAUGGUGGACGCGUGAGGCGGAGGAGCGCGGCGCCGGGAGGCAGCGGGCAGCGCGGCGGCGGCGCCAUGUCCGUGAACAUGGACGAGCUCAAGCACCAGGUCAUGAUCAACCAGUUCGUGCUGACGGCGGGCUGCGCGGCCGACCAGGCGAAGCAGCUGCUGCAGGCGGCCCACUGGCAGUUCGAGACGGCCCUCAGCGCCUUUUUCCAGGAGACCAACAUCCCCUACAGCCACCACCACCAGAUGAUGUGCACUCCUGCCAACACCCCCGCCACGCCCCCCAACUUCCCUGAUGCCCUCACCAUGUUCUCCCGUCUCAAGGCUUCCGAGAGCUUUCAUGGGGGCGGCAGUGGCAGCCCGAUGGCAGCCACGGCCACGUCCCCCCCGCCGCACUGCCCCCACGCCGCCACCGGCAGUUUCGCGGCACCGAGCUGGCCGACUGCGGCCUCGCCCCCAGGGGGGCCACAGCACCACCAGCUGCAGCAGCCGCCCCUGUGGACUCCGGCACCCCCCUCCCCGGCGUCAGACUGGCCACCCCUGGCCCCCCAACAGGCCGCCUCAGAACCGAGGGCCCACCCUGCCAUGGAGGCGGAGAGAUAAGGGAGGCCCCUCCCCCCUCCCGGAGGCCAGGACCCUGUGGGGCGGGGGAGAGGAUGUCUCUGCGGGCCCCCUUCACCCUGCUCUGUCUGCACCCCCGUUCCCCGGAGCCCUGGAGGGGAGAGACUGGACCCUGGUGCCAGCACACGGGCUGCCUGCGCGCAAACAUGGGAGUGCAGGCACGGGGCCCCCACCUUGCAUGGAUGUGGUUCAGAGUCGUCUUGGUGCUGGUGGACAGAACUUCAGAGAACAAGCAGCCUUCCCCAGAGGACUCGCUCGUCCUGCCCCACCCCAGGGGACUGCAGAGAAUCACCACAGCAGCGGAGACUUGGCUGGCUCCUGCCUGGGAGCUCCUCAGGGGCCAGCAGGCCUAGAUCCCCACCCUCGGGAAUGCAGAGGCUUCUCCGCAUGUGUGUGUGUAGCUGUGUCUGUAUUUAUAUGUAUGUCGCUCUACAAGAAGCAACCUAGUUUAUGGGGCAGCUGGACUUUGCAUGUUAGAGUGAGCCCCCAAGCCCCUUGUCUGCCACCUGUCUCCCCAGGGCCCUGCCCCUCUCUCCCACCCCCUGCUCAGCCAGCCUUGCUGUUCCCUGCAGAAAAAAGAAUUGUGGGAAACUUCAGGACUCUUCCCACCCAUUCCCCAGCGCCUGCCUGCUGGGGCUGCCUGCAUGCCUCCCCGAGAGCCCGGGGGUACCUCACACCCUUUCCCUUACUCCUUUUAACAAAAGAGAAGAGUUCAAACCAC